UAUUGAAAUGAUAGAUUUUACAUUCAAAGCUGUACUAGUUUUAGUAAUGGCGUUACAUAUUUUCAAUACUCCUUACACGAAAGUAGAAGAAAGUUUUAACAUACAAGCUGUACAUGACAUUUUAUAUCAUGGAAAUAAUUUAAGUAAAUAUGAUCACAAUGAAUUUCCAGGUGUUGUUCCACGCUCCUUUGUAGGACCCCUUGCUCUUAGUGCGUUCUGCUAUCCAGCUGUGAUGAUUAUAAAUUAUCUCAAUUUCCCAAAACUUUAUUCUCAAUUUGUAUGCCGAUUUGUACUCGGAUUCGUGGUCUGCCUUGCUUUGUUAAAACUUUCCAAGAAUUUAUCCAAAAAAAAAUCCAACUUGUUUAUUUUAUUCACUGUUUCUCAGUUUCAUCUCAUGUACUAUUCAUCAAGGACAUUGCCAAAUAUUUUUGCUUUGGUUAUUGUGUUGUAUGCUAUAUCUUCAUGGUUGGAAAACAAAAAUACAGAGUUUAUUUGGUAUUCUGCAUUUGUGAUUAUUAUAUUUCGUGCUGAAUUAGCUAUGUUUCUUGGCGUGUUGUUGUUGGUAAAGUUGUUUGAAAGGAAGAUAAAGUUUUUUCAACUAAUAAAACACUGCUUGAUUGCAGGACCUGCUGCACUAGGGUUAACUGUAUCAGUCGAUUCAUAUUUUUGGCAACGCUGGCUGUGGCCAGAGGGCGAGGUUUUCUAUUAUAAUACUUUGCUAAAUAAAAGUUCUAACUGGGGCACUGAACCGUUUCUUUGGUAUUUCUAUUCUGCAAUACCUCGGUCUUUGUUAUUGACUUAUGGAUUUCUUCCACUAUUUAUAGCCACUAAUUUGCCAAAUAACUUAAAGCAGUUGUUUUAUGCUGCACUAAUGUACGUUUUUAUGUAUUCUUUUCUACCGCAUAAAGAGUCCAGGUUCAUUAUUUAUGUCUAUCCUGUAUUUAAUAUGGUCGCAGCAGAUGUGGCAUCAAAUCUCAUGCAUUCUCGUAUAGCGAGUUAUUAUCGGAAAUUAAGUAUCUUUUUUAUGUGCUGUCUGGUUGUUGGAAAUUUUUGUCUCACUAUGGUUUUUAGCAUUGUUUCUAGCUUUAAUUAUCCAGGAGGUGAUGCAUUCCGUAAAUUCCACAUUAUCAACCAAAAUAAAGAUAAUUUAUUCGUUCAUAUAACAAAUGCAGCUGCCCAAACUGGGGUCACAAGAUUUGGCGAACUUUUUACAACCUGGAAAUAUUCAAAAGAUGAACAAUUUGAUUGGUUCAAGCGCAAUAAUAGCAACUACUCAUUUACGCACGUAAUCAUUGAAAGUCCCUGCAAUCGCGAUAAUCAUUCAAUUCAAGCUGUUAUUUACAGUUACAAAAAACUUUCUUUAUCAAAGUCGUUUCCUUUUUUAUCUAUUUUAUUAGAUUCAAGUUUAUGCAUAUUAGAAACGUAAAAAAUUUUUAAUUUAAUAUUUUAGUGUAAA